ACGGCCUCUUUUAUUGCGCGUUUCUCCGCGCUGGCUGUGCUAACGGCUAACAGGCUGCUAGUUGCCAAUAGCAACAAUCAGGUUUAAAAUGCGGAUUUAAUUGAAUUACACUUAACUGGAGAGGUGAGAGUUUAAUCAGACGGACUCUUGGCAGAUCUGAGCGCAGAUUAAAGAUCUUUCCAGAGCUCUGCUGUUUGAAUAACCUGUCAAACCAGAAGACUGCUUGUUAUGACAUGAACUCGGUACUUUCACUCACUAACGUUAGUCAUAGUAAAUCAUUUAAUAUUGACAUGAUGGUAUUUAGUUAUAAUCUUGUAAAAUGCGUCUGACUUGUGUUUCAUAUGUGGUUCAUUGGUCUGAUCUGUAGAUCAUGUGGUUUACUUGGUCUGAAGAGAGAGCUAGUUAUGAGGAUUACAUCUGUCCACGGUGUGAGUCCGGCUUCAUCGAGGAGUUGCCUGGAGAGGGAAGUGCAGAGAAUGGGUCCACAUCUACAGCCUCUAAUGAUCAGAACCGGCCCUCGUUUGAGAAUGUGGACCAGCACUUGUUUACGUUCCCGCAUGGUUACGGCCAGUUUGCUCUGGGGAUCUUCGAUGAGGGCUUUGACUUCAGGGCGGGUUUGUCAGCAGAAGAUAACCGUGAUGCAGAGAACCGCAGAGAGCGGGAGAUGGCCUCACGACAGCGCUACGGGGCCAGGCAGCCACGGGGACGACACGUUCCCCGGAGACAAGGAGCGCGGCAUGAGGGUGUACCCACUUUAGAAGGAAUCAUUCAGCAGUUAGUUAAUGGAAUUAUUGCUCCGACGGCUAUGCCAAACAUGGCGAUGGGGCCAUGGGGAGUGCUGCACUCAAACCCAAUGGACUACGCAUGGGGUGCCAAUGGAUUAGAUGCCAUCAUAACACAGUUAUUAAAUCAGUUUGAAAAUACGGGUCCCCCUCCGGCAGACAAAGAGAAGAUUAAGAAUCUCCCUACAGUCCAGAUAACACAGGAGCACGUUGGUGCUGGUCUAGAGUGUCCUGUCUGUAAAGAAGACUACAGCGCAGGAGAGAAUGUUAGACAGCUUCCUUGCAAUCAUCUCUUUCAUAACGACUGUAUAGUUCCCUGGCUCGAGCAGCAUGACACGUGUCCGGUGUGCAGGAAGAGUUUGAGCGGGCAGAACACAGCCACGGAUCCGCCUGGCCUGUCAGGGAUGAAUUUCACCCCCUCUUCCUCCUCCUCUUCCUCCUCCAGCUCUCCAGGCAACGAGAAUUCCACCAAUAACUCGUAAGAGCUCAGCCCACAUCCUGAACACAUCAACACGUCGUCAUCAUCACCAUCAUCUCAGCGCCACGUCGCGUCGGCCUGGCCCACACCACACCACACCGUUUCCCCUCCACCGGUGACGGAUCCACGACACGGUGGAACCAGGGCUGAACGCAAACCUCGGAACCUGCCCAUCACUACUAACACACCUCUACCAGCCCCGAAGCGGGUCCAGACAGGUCAGAGAGCACGCCAAACCCCCAAGAGAAAAAUACACUCUUCUGUUGCUUCAGACAGCGUUUCGUUGCUUUUUUUUACACCGUUGAACUUCAGAGCGGUCAUGCCUCAAGGUUUGGGCGGCACCUGUCCUCGUGACGUGGUUUUAAUCAGCAGAAAGCGUGAGGAAAAGAGGAAGAGGAUGUUACGCAACGCAGUGCCAGAUCUGAAGACACACUGAGUCGAACUGCAUUUUAGAAGCAGACUUUGUGUCUCUCGAGAGGGACGCGAUCAAAUAGAACCUUUUUUUAUCAUUUGAUUUUUAUUUUAUGGAUAAAAGUGGCUGAUAUGUGAACGUGCGUAUGGGUGAAUCUCACAAAACCAGUCACAUUUCACCUCAAAAUCAGAAGAAAAAAAAGACACUCUAUUAUGCUAAAGCCUAUUUUAGAACCACCAAUAACUUUUUGUUACUUUUGAAUUUUUUAAUAAAUUUUUCAUGACAAUAAAGCACAGUUUGCUGUAAUGCAAAAAAAAAAAAAUCAAAUACGAAAAAAUAUUAUUGAAUUCAUGUUUAUAGAUUAUAUUGUUAGUUGUACUGCCUUUAAUUUGAUAAAUCAUUUUAUAUUGUAAUACUGCAUUACAGUAAUGAGUCUGAGUAACACAUCUGAAUGCAUUAUGGUAAAUAAAUGCUUAAUUCUCAUGAAAAUAACUCAAAUAUAGUCAUUUUAGGCAUAAUACAUU